CCCGUCUCUGGCUCCCCCGCGCCGCCGCCGCCACGUUCACAUCAUCGCAGCGAUCCGGCGCCUCCUGCGGAACCAGGAGCCAAAUUGGUUGGAUCAUGGAGCUGUUGUCCACCCCACACAGCAUCGAGAUCAACAAUAUCACCUGUGACUCCUUUCGAAUUUCUUGGUCCAUGGAUGUUGGAGACCUGGAUAGGGUUACCCACUACUUCAUUGAUUUGAACAAGAAGGAAAAUAAAAGCUCCAACAAGUUCAAACACCGGGAUGUCCCUACCAAGCUGGUAGCUAAGGCAGUGGCCUUACCUAUGACAGUGAGGGGCCACUGGUUUCUGAGUCCCAGGACAGAGUACAGCGUGGCAGUGCAGACUGCAGUGAAGCAAAGUGAUGGAGAGUACCUUGUCUCUGGAUGGAGUGAGACGGUCGAAUUCUGCACAGGAGACUAUGCGAAAGAACAUCUGGCCCAGCUGCAAGAGAAAGCUGAGCUCAUCUCAGGGAGGAUGCUGCGUUUCAUGGUUUUCUAUCGGAAUCACACUAAAGAGUAUUUCCAAUACGUCAGAACGCACUGUGGAGACGUCAUGAAGCCGUACUAGGACAACAGUGGCAGCCACGGUUCGCCCACCAGUGGCAUGCUCCAUGGCAUCUUUUUCAGCUGCAAUACCGAGUUCAACAACGGCCAACCUCAGGACUCCCCUUACGGCCGCUAUCGUUUCCAGGUGCCUGCGCAGCGCCUUUUUGGUCCCAACACCAACCUCUACUUCGCGGAUUUCUACUGUAUGUACACUGCCUACCAUUACGUCAUUCUGGUGCUGGCACCCAAAGGUUCUGUCGGAGACAUCUUGCGGGAGCGACUGCCCCAGUUGGACAUUUCCUGCAACAAGUUCCUGACCUGCAGUGUGGAGGACGGCGAGCUCAUCUACCGCCACGCCCAGGAUGUCAUCCUGGAGAUCAUUUAUACCGAGCCAGUUGACCUCAGUCUAGGAGUUCUGGGAGAGAUCAGCGGCCAUCAGCUCAUGAGCCUCUCGACGGCCGAUGCCAAAAAGGAUCCGAGCUGCAAGACAUGUAACAUCAGCGUGGGGCGCUAGAGAGAGGGAAGGGGUGGGGGAAGGAGAUGAAACAAACACCAAUACGAGAGAUCUUGGUGAACCCCACGGCCCUUCAAUGUACGUGUGACGAUCUGAGAACGGGGUCUACCUUGGUUGAAGGGGAUGCUGGAGAAGGCCCCCUUUUUGCUGUCCUCGCCUCCUUUCUCUCCCCCUCUCUCCUUGCAUGUUUCCUUGCCAUUGUAAAUAGAUUUUGGACUUGGGAAAUGAGAAUGAGAGAGAGCAUGCAAGCAGGUCAACGUUGAAGGAUCCUGCAUUUCUAGGUUCACUUAGGAUGGCACCCUCAAUUUUUUGAGGUCUCUUCUCCAGAAACUAUCCCAUUCUCUUCCGUUUCUCAACCCAAGCUCCAAAUGGACAUUUCACUUUUUCCCCACACAGCAGGGAGUCUGGCCAGUCUGAUGAACCGUAGUUUC